AUGGCCCAGCUGAAGCCUUAUAAAGGGGGAUAUUAUCUCUGGGAAUACGUCCCCUCGCUCCCAGCAGCAAUCAUCUUCUUGAUACUUUUCGUCGCUGCCACAACAUUCCACUUUUGGAAGCUCCACCAAACAAGAGCUUGGUUCUGCCUCGCAUUCUCUCUAGGGGGCCUCUUCGAAGUGAUCGGGUACAUCGGUCGAGCUGCUGCAUACAACGCGACAGAUUCGGUGAUAGUUUACGCGAUCCAAAAUGUCUUCCUCCUCCUCGGCCCUGCCCUUUUCGCGGCCUCCGUAUACAUGACUCUCGGGCGAAUCAUCCGCAGCGUCCACGCCGAGAAACACUCGCUUGUUCGGAUCAACUGGCUCACCAAGACAUUCGUGAUGGGUGAUGUCGUGUCAUUCGUUGUGCAAGGUAGUGCGUCAGGCCUUAUGGUCACGGGGGAUAACGCGAAGCUGGGCUCAAACAUUGUGGUCGCUGGUCUCGUUAUCCAGGUUAUCAUGUUCGGUCUGUUCAUUGUCACAUCGGCUGUCUUUGAGGUCCGCAUGCGUCGAUCACCCCCAACGGAGGCUUUCGAUAACCGGAUUAACUGGAUUAGUCGAGUGCGCACGCUUUAUGCUGUCAGCGCCCUUAUCCUGAUUCGGAGUAUCUUCAGGGUUGUGGAGUAUGCCGCUGGGAAUGAUGGAUAUCCAAUUACCCACGAGUGGAUGCUAUAUGUGUUUGACUCUGUGUUGAUGAUAAUAUGUAUGGUAAUCUGGGGUAUUUGGUAUCCAGGGACUCUACCAAGACACAUAGUGCCAAAUCAGGAGAUAGCCACUGAAGAAGUGGCAGGUGUAGAAUUGAAGGGACGCUAA